AUGGCCAAGGAGCAAAUGGUGGAGCUUCAGUCGCAGCCCAUAGGAGAGAAUGAAGCAUCAAUUUAUGAGGAGGAAAUUUGCUCAAAGGUUCUUGGACAUAAGUCGGGGUACAUACGUGAUCGUGAGCAUGGUCUGAAGCCUAACCGAUCCUUAUAUAAGCACCACAAUAAAUCGGAGUUGGAGAUAGCUAACAAAAUGGCCAAUGAGUAG